AUGGAGGCCGCAACAGUGAUGACGGAGUCCUCGAUGGAUCAAGAGGAUGUUGCCUUCCCUUGUAAGGGCUGCGGCGAGGUGCUCGAGGAAGGGAAAGCCUUCGAACUUGCUGGAAAUAGGUGGCACAUCGACUGCUUUCGAUGCAGCACCUGCGGCACUCUCCUCGACUCGGACGCACACCUUUUGCUCCUGGGCGAUGGCUCGCUCAUUUGCAGCAAUUGCACCUACAGCUGCAAUUCGUGUGGCAACAAGAUCGAAGAUUUGGCCAUCUUGACGGGUGACCAGGCCUUCUGUGCGCAAUGCUUUCGAUGCCGGAACUGCAAAAAGAAGAUUGAGAAUCUUCGCUAUGCUCGCACAUCGCAGGGAAUCUUUUGCAUGGACUGCCAUGAGUCCCUCAUGCAACGACGACGGAAAAAGCAUCGCGGGGCUCCCAGCAAGAGAUCAGGGCCACCGGGAGUCAAACUGGACAAGUCUCUGCCAUCCCUACCUCCAAACUUUGAGCAACCGCGAUCCGCCGACCAAACUCCCAGUGAAUCAUACGCGGAGACGACGACGGAUACCGCGCGGAGCAGGUUUGCGGAUAUGCACGGUGUAGGUGACAUGGGGAGAUCAGAAAGUUCGCCUUCCCGCCAGGCCGCGGAACCAGACACUCUUAUUCUUCCUUCAAGUACUUACCGAAACAGCCGCCAAUCCAUGCCGCAGCGCGAUACCGACGGGGGAGAAUUGCUUAUCCCUCUCGCCUUUGACCCCACGGGUGAUAGUCAGCGAUCAUCGUCUCGGAACCAAUCGCAGACCAGACAGGAACUGCCUCGUGAUUAUUUCGGUCAGAUUCGAUCCGGUGAUUCAUCGCUCAGGGCCUCUCGAGACGGCCGGGACUAUCUCCACGAUUCUGCUUCUCGCGGUUCGUCGGAGCACCCUUCCCCUCAUAUUGCUUACCAAGAGAAGGGUCGAGAGCACGGCGAGAUGGACUCACUCCGGCGUGACAUGGAUGGGCCGAAUGGCUCGGCUGACAGGGCGCCACAAAAUACCGAUCUGUCCAAAACUGCGAAAUCUAGCUCUGCUCGCAGUUCGAGGUCCGACUUGCCCAUCGCUUUCCGAGAGACAAGUGCCUUCUCCAGGGCCACCAGCCCUGAGAGCAAUGGCCGGGAGGCUCAGGGUGAUGCAGCCCGGCCGCUGCCCCAGGACAACGCAGCACGCCCCUCCAGCAACCUGCGUCGGCUUCAUGAGCACGGGUCUAUGGACUCGAACCAAUCUCAGCCGUCAUCGAUGGCAUACCCCCCGAAGCGUGGCGAUUCACUUGAGAGUAGGCUUCACCAGAUCCCCAGAAAGGACGUUGGAGCAUCGCCGGGAAGUUCACCUGCCGGUGACUCUCCUAGAAUGCGCAAUGAUAGUGCAGUCGAGCAGCCGAAACACUCUAUCGACGCCUCUAUCAGCACUCCGCCACUGGAAUCCCAGCGGGAGCUGGACCGUGCAGACUCGCCCUUUAUGCCACGGUAUAACACUGGUGAAUUCUCAGCGGGUGAUGAAUUUUCACGGGUUGCCGAUGAUUCUGUCAUAGGGCCCACGAAUGAAUCGUUCUUGCGACGUGUUUCGAACUCUGUUCGUCACGGUCGGAGCUUCAGUGACAAGAGUGUGCGGAUUGGCAGGGAUGGGAAACACCCGAGGUCGCCUGCCAAUGGAAGCGUGGAUGUUGGCAGUCCCACCACGAGCGCUUCUCAGGCUGAGGAAAUCUCCUCCCUCCGAAACGAGUUGCGUAAAGAGCGCCAGCGAGUUUCCGAGAUGGAAUCCGCCCUUCGCGCCACAGCGGAUGUCAAGCAGGUCAACACCGAGCUCUCCGAGAAGCGAUCGACUAUGGUUGUGCUUGAUGCACAAAGAGAGAUUGUUUUGCGUGAGCUCACCGUGCUCACCGAUCAUCUUGAGGCAGAGAAGAGUGGAACAAGCGGUCCAUUGGAUCUUGCCAAACUUUCGAACGGUGUUUUACGGGAGCUUGCUGAAUCGAUUCAGAAGCUGAAGGAGUCGUAUGGUCCUCAAAUCGAGGAGCUUCUCCAGAAGCGCAGUGAUCUGUCGGAAGAAUUGGCCGACAUGAAUCGCCAAAAGGAAAAGAGCUUCCAGGAAUUCGAGCAACUGUCGUCGAAGAAUGCGCAGUUGGCGGAGUUGAACAACCAGUUGGUGCACCAGAUCCAGGGACUUUACAAGUCCAGCUCAGAUGGCCAACGCGGUCCCAAUGGACUUGGCAUCUCUCACAACAAGGAAAGGUCCACGACCUCCAUCGAGGCCUUGAAGCCUGCCAUCAACGACCUUUCGUCCUCGCUGUCUACCGCCAACAUCUCGGAGGAUGUUGAGCCGGCUACGGCCACAGUUGUUCCUGGGCCCCAAGUUGUCAGCAUCCGCAAGGGCCAGCCUCGCAAGUUCAACUGGAAGAAGGGAGGUCAAAAUGUUGCCAAGGGUGUCAAGGGUCUCAAAGGGGCAUUCAUGUCCAGCGAAAAUGAGGGCGGCGGAAGUCUGCCCCGCUCCCAGACGCAAGACCCAAGUCGCCAGGGCUUUGGCUUCUUUGGAAACCAGAGGAACAAGCAAGGAGGCAAAAUGUCGCAGGCCGACAGCGUGCCAGCGUUGACCGAGGCUGCAGGCGGUGGUCUGUUUGGUACUGAUCUGGAGGUUCGCAUGGAGCAUGAAAAGAGCAUUAUUCCGGCCAUUAUUACCCGCUGCAUCCAGGAAGUCGAACUGCGAGGCAUGGACAUGGAAGGUAUCUACCGCAAAUCCGGUGCGGCUUCCGUCAUCCAAGGCAUUCGCGACGGCUUCGAACGAUCUCCCUUUGAUUAUGACAUUUCGGAUCCUGACCUGGAUAUCCACGCUGUCACGUCUGCUCUGAAGCAAUACUUCAGAAAGCUUCCUACGCCCCUCAUCACUUACGAUGUUUACGAAAUGGUGAUUGACUCGGUUGAAAUCACCUCCCCGACUUCACGGGUCGAAAUUUUGCAGAAGAGCCUGCAGGAGCUGCCCCGUGUGCACCGCGACGUGCUCGAAUUCCUUAUCUUCCACCUCAAGCGCGUGGUUGAGCGCCAGGAGGAGAACUUGAUGACCAGUCAGAACGUUGCAGUUGUCUUUGCCCCGACUAUCAUGAGACCCGAGAGCCUGGCCCGCGAGAUGACAGACGUCCAGAAGAAGAAUGAAGUGCUCAAGUUCCUGGUGGAGAACUGCCAGGAUAUCUUCCAGGGCAUGCAGAGCUAA